GAGGAAUGUUUGUUCACGUGCCAGGGGCGGGUCUGAAUACGAUACCAAAACACCAUACAGACUGUCAGGUACGACGAUACAAUCCAACAACUGAAUCAUGACAUCCAACAAUGAUCCAAGAGAUAGAUGAAGUCGGCUGAAAUUACUCCGCAAAGACAUGUUCACAGACCGGAGUUUCUCGUAUGUCAACCUCGGCCACGAUUGCCCACCUAUAAUCCAAAUAGGAAUAGAAAUGUCAUUGUUGAAUCGAGGCAGAAGGAAGGAAGGAAGCGACGAUCACAUGAAGAGCCGAAAGUCAUGGACUUUAAAGCUACCAUCUUGUCCGACCUGUCACUUGCUCCCUCAGUCCUGCACUCUCCCUCUCGCGUACUUCCUAGAAUUCCUACUGCUGUUGUGGAAAGUCAACUCUUCCCACCUGCUUAUCCUUACUCCCAAUUUCAACCUAUCACUAUAUCUCCAUCUUGCGUGAAACGACCCCGCAUCUUCUAAAAUGGCUGCCCCCACAGAAGUCACCAUCAAGAACCUCAGCGGAGAAUGGACAAUGGUAACCUGCUUUCGUCUCCUAACCAUCACCUAAUAGAUGUGCCGUGAUUAACAAUGUCAUCAAGAACA